AUGUCCACAGCCUCGAGCAUCGCGAUCCGCCGCACGUUGGGCUUGCCCGUGACGCUUUCGCGCGCCCAGCGGCGCUGGGCACGUGUCCACGACGUGCGCUUCGUCACGACGCACCGGGAUCAACAACGCAUCUUGGACCGGUACCGAGAGAAGCUCGAACGGAAGGCUAAAGAAGAGGGUCUCGGUUCCGUGUCCUCGCUGAAAGAGGCCUACAAGGAUAAAAUCGAAGAACUUCGGCGGUCUGCUUCAGUCCUGCCGUCAGGGCCCCAGGCCUCUCCUUCAGCGGCAGCGUCGACCCCCGCUUCUCCUUCACCUCUACUCUCGCCUUCGCCUUCGCAGACGACAAAGCAGUCUCCGUUCCAGCAGCCCCCGCCCCCGCCGCCUACCGCACAACCUACAGUGUCCGAGUCCAGUGCACCCGGUAUUCAGCCACUGUCUUCUUAUCUCAAUCUAGAGAAGGUGGCGUCUCUGUCAAAUAAAGAGGUUGAAUACAUAUGGAGGCUUCGACACGCUAGUGACCCGCGUUCGCUGUGCGCCGUUAUUCCCCUCGACACAUACAACCGGAUUUACCGCACUGCCAGAACCCAUCCCCAGUUCGUUCUUCCACUCCCACGCCCGGCUGCUGAUGAUGGAAGCGGGGAUGUAAAGCAGUCCCCGCAAGGAUUCGAGGGAGGCGAGCGUUCUGCCGCAGAUAUCCAUUUCAUGCAAUGGGGAUUCCAUCCUCCAGCCUGCGUGUCACCGACUCCGGGUUCGAAGACGGCAAAUAACCAUACAAGCACCGUCAUUUUCACGCAUUUGGCCGCAUACAAGCUCCAUGGAACCUAUGCACCGCCGCAUACAACGAUAACACACUAUCUCGACCUCGCCGACUCACAUGGCCUUGUCUUGCUAAGUGGAUCUGUCGUUGAUGGAGGCGGAGUCAGCGCGGAAGAAGGCAGGUGGUUGUUGAUGUGCCUGCAAAGAUUCUAUGACUAUGAAGGGCACGGCGGAGGCAUCGGCCGUGAAAAGCGGCAAGGGUUGUUGGAGAAGUUCAGUAAAGGCGAUCAGGGAUUCAACUUAGAAGAACUGGUUGACGAAGCCGAAAGAAUAUCGUAA